CCUCACUAACAUCGUCACACGGUCCUCUUAAGAAAGGAUUUCUUGUUGUGGUUUUGAAAGAUAAGGGAAACAAAAAACGUGAAAGAAAAGAAUGCCUGGCGUGUUUGUCUCAGCUACCAGCAGUCCCCCUAACCCUACACCUACCUACCGGCUGGUGAACUGCCUGUUUUCGAUAAGAGAUCUAGUCCACAAAAUCAAGUGUGGAGGGAGGGGGUGUGGAGAAAGAAGUCGUAUUGGAGAGAAUUAGAAAGGGAGAAUAGACACCGAGGGAGGGGAAAAGGUCAGGAACACGAGGGCUUUAUGCACUGCCACAAAUAAGGAGAGUGUCUACACAAACGGUUUAGCAAACGAAACCAAGGAGACAAAGUGAAAUAAGCCUGCAGUCCCCUCUCUGCCACGCUUUUUUUCGCAAGGACUACUCUGGAUUUUUAAACAUCUUUUCCAAGAGACAGUUUUUGUCCCUUUGGGAAGUCCGUGCUACUGAGUUUUUGACUGUGUGUAAUUUGGAGAGUUUAUUGCCACGCUGCGUCAGGAUGCGCGUCUGUCUGCUGCCGGUCUUCCUCUGUCUUCUGUGCGUUGGACGCGCUCAGAAGUUCUCUGCUCUUACGUUCCUGCGGGUGGACCAGGAUAAGGAGUGCAACAUGGAAUGUAGUGGAGCUCCUCGUAAACCCCUAUGUGCCUCUGAUGGCAGGACCUUCACAUCUCGCUGCGAGUUCCUCCGAGCCAAGUGCCGCGACCCCCAGCUGGAGGUCAUCCGGGGGCCAUGCAAAGAUACAUCCAGAUGUGUAGCAGAGAAGAAGUACACAGAGCAGCAAGCCAAGAAGCUCUUCCCACAGGUCUUUGUGCCUGUAUGCAACCCUGAUGGCACAUAUAGCGAGGUUCAGUGCCACAGCUACACUGGAUACUGCUGGUGUGUCACCCCUGACGGCCGACCCGUCAGUGGCUCAGCAGUAGCCAAUAAAAAACCUCGAUGCCAAGGAUCAAAACAAGAGAGAGCUACCACAAGGGAGCCAGGUAAAGCAGUCUCCUUGCAAAUAUUCUCAAUUCUAAAUGCAGAUGAGACUGGCCUAGUGGUGGAUCCUCAGCCUGCUGCAGAUGAAGAAGAUAUCAUUUCCCAGUACCCUACCCUGUGGACAGAGCAGGUUCGCAGCCGACAGAACAAUAGAACCAGAGCACCAUCCUCAUCAUGUGACCAGGAGCAACAGUCUGCCCAGGAAGAAGCGAGACAGCACAAGAAUGACGCUGUAUUUGUACCAGACUGCGCCCAAGGAGGACUGUACAAGCCCGUCCAAUGCCACCCUUCCACCGGCUACUGCUGGUGUGUGCUGGUGGACACUGGACGGCCCAUACCUGGGACUUCCACCAGGUAUGAGCAGCCAAAGUGUGAUGGCAAUGCCAGGGCGCACCCGACUAAACCCAAGGACCACUACAAAAGCAGACAUCUCCAAGGCUGUCCUGGGGCAAAGAAAACAGAGUUCCUGACAAGUGUUCUUGAUGCGCUGUCGACGGACAUGGUGCACGCUGUUACAGAUCCAGCAUCCACCGGAAGGGUGGCUGAGCCAGACCCUAGCCACACCCUGGAAGAGAGAGUGGUUCACUGGUAUUUCAGUCAGCUGGACAAAAACUCCAGUGGGGACAUCGGAAAGAAGGAGAUCAAGCCUUUCAAGCGCUUCCUACGCAAGAAAUCCAAGCCAAAGAAGUGUGUGAAGAAGUUUGUGGAGUACUGCGACAUCAGCAAUGACAAGGCGCUUUCUUUGCAGGAGCUGAUGGGCUGCCUCGGGGUGACCAAAGAAGAGGGGGCAAAACCAGGAGAAGGCUUGUCUUCCAGUAAACUAAAUCCAUCAAAGAAACAAGGCUAAGCCAGCAAAUGAGAUUUCCCCUCCUGGAUGGAGAAUCUGCCCUCACCAGCUGGCAAUAAUGGAAACCAUAGUAUUUGCACUUUGUACUUUAAAAAUGUAAAUUCACUUUGUAGAAAAAAAGGUAUUUAAACAGACUGCUGAAUCUGUGAAUGAUGUAGUUAGCUUUUUAUGUCCUGACAACCCAACUUAUUUAACACAUACAAUGUAUGUGCCCUUUGUUUCUAAAAGUAUACUUUUCAGAGUUGUACAAGUUUUAAUGUUUGUUAUAUUUUUGCUCCUGCACCCACUGUACGUUUCCUCUCAUGUUGAUGAUGUUAAUGCAGAUACAUGGAUAGUUUGCUACACAGCUACAGUAACUGUCAUCUGUCAUGAACUGACUCAUAACAUUUCUUUCUGUGCUUUGUACAGCAGUUUGCAAGAAUAUUUUAAAGAUACAUCCUUAAAACAUCCUUCAUGUGACAUGUAUUCAUGCUUAUUAGAAAUAAAGAACUCUUUUA